AUGAAGCCUGCUUCAAAGAAACAAAUCAAAGCUCUUAAAGAGGAGAUAAUUCGUGAGUUCUGUGCUAGCAGCUCGAUCCAUGGCGUACGAUACUUGGAUAGCGCGGAGCGAACAACUUGUGAAAGGUUCUGGUGGAUUAUUGUGUUCUUUUUGUCGAUAGCCGGAUGCAGCACAAUGAUAUAUAAGGCGUACAUCAAAUGGGACGAGAGCCCAAUUAUAGUUACGUUUGCUGAGAAAGCUACACCACUCCAUGAAAUACAAUUUCCGGCCAUUACCAUAUGUCCGACAACGCAAAUAUCAGCUGAGAAACUAAAUCUCACAGCAGAAGUCAAUGCAUUACAGAAUGAAAGUGGAUAUUCUGAGAGUAUUAAUAAUACUCUAGUGUAA